CUCGGUUUUAUAGAUUUGCCUGGUUUUAUAGAUUUGCCCAGUUAUAUAGAUUUGCUCGGUUAUAUAGAUUUGCUCGGUUAUAUAGAUUUGCUCGGCUAUAUAGAUUUUCUCGGCUAUAUAGAUUUGCUCGGCUAUAUAGAUUUGCUCGGCUAUAUAGAUUUGCGCGUUUAUAUAGAUUUGCUCGGUUAUAUAGAUUUGCUCGGUUAUAUAGAUUUGCUCGGCUAUAUAGAUUUUCUCGGCUAUAUAGAUUUGCUCGGCUAUAUAGAUUUGCGCGUUUAUAUAGGUUUGCGCGUUUAUAUAGACUUGCCGGUUAUAUAG